AUGUGUCUCUGUUUCCCUCGCCGUCGGGGUGCGAAGAAGCAGGAACAACAAGGUGCCGCCUCUGAGGCCCCGAGACCCGUCCAGCUUCAGAGCCAGCCAGCAGAAAAUAAUACCCAAGAAAAGUCCGCCGCAGCACCUCAGCCAAGCAAGGCAGCCGCAUCAACCAAGGCACCAAAGCCGUAUCAAGCACGAUGGGUCCAGGUUGCAAACCAACCCGCACCGAAGGACGAACAGCCCCCAGCAGACGACUGGAACUCCGAUGAGAGGAAGAAGCUCUCUGAGGAACGCAAGCCUGCUCAGACCACCACCACCACGAGCCCCAAGACCGGAGCACUGAACACGCAAAAUCAACACCUACUCAACGCCAUGGGCACAUUGGUGCAGCAAAUGCCAGCAGAAGAUCCUCCAAACUGGCCACUGGAGCACAAGGUUCCGGAAAAGGAGCAUAAGCCUGUGCGGAUAGAACGAAAAUCGACGCCACCACCGCGGAAUUACGAAAUUGGGUUCACGAGGCCGUGGCAGCACUACGAUCGUGAAGCCGCUAGAGUCAGGGCUGCUCGCGUUGCUGAACAUAAUGACUCCAAUACUUAUAGUUCUACAAGCUAUAACUACAGACCUGGUAGUAGUGGAGGAGGUGGCGGAGGAGGUGGAGGGUAUAGCGGCGGUGAUAGCGGUGGAUGUGAUAGUGGUGGUGGAGGGGGUGGAUCAGACUGGUAG